GCAGGCAGGCCUCUCCUGCUUCUACAUAACAAGCUCGUCGACGCCACCCACGCAGACAGAAGCAUGAGUAUCCCUCGAGGGCCUGCCGCGUGAACUCUGCUGCUCCGAGACAGCGAGCAGAGCACGUGAGGCAGCAUGGCUUCCUCCUGGUACACCUCUAUCAUUGUCCUUGUGCUGCUUUUUGGGGGAUCCAAAGCCAACCCUGCUGCAACAUCCCACGGCCAGCUGGAUGUAAACCACAAGAAGCCACUACAGACAUUCAGACCUCACAACAUUGCCCACAGGGGCUCAAAUGGCGAAUUGCCCGAAGAGACAGCAGCGGCCUACCUGAGAGCUAUUGAAGAGGGUGCAGACUUCAUCGAGACCGAUAUACUCGCAUCAAAGGAUGGACAUCUGAUCUGUUUUCAUGAUGUAACGUUGGAUGCAACAACCGAUGUUGCGAACCGGAGGGAGUUUGCCAACAGGAAGAGAACCUAUGAAGUCGAAGGAGCAAAAAUGACCGGAUGGUUUGUUGUGGACUUUACUCUUAAAGAGCUUAAAUCACUGAGGGUGAAACAACGGUACAGUUUCAGGGACCAACGGUACAAUGGAAAAUACCAAAUAAUUACAUUUGAGGAGUAUAUCUUGAUUGCGCUUUACGCCGACAGGAUUGUCGGGAUAUAUCCUGAGAUCAAAAAUCCUGUUUUCAUCAACCAACAUGUCAAGUGGUCAAACGGAAAGAAUUUUGAGGAUAAGUUUGUCGAGAUACUACUGAAAUAUGGCUAUAAAGGUGAAUAUAUGUCUGAAGAUUGGUUCAAGCAACCGCUGUUCAUACAAUCCUUUGCUCCAACUUCACUCAUUUACAUCUCGAAUAUGACAAACUCUCCUAAAGUGUUCCUAAUUGAUGACACGACAGUUCGAACUCAAGACACCAAUCAGUCAUACUAUGAGAUAACUUCAAAUGCCUACUUUGCAUUCAUAAGAAAUUAUGUUAUUGGAAUUGGUCCAUGGAAGGAUACAAUUGUUCCUCCAAAGAAUAACUAUUUAGGACAGCCGACCGAUCUCGUCGCACGAGCACAUGCUCUUAAUCUUCAGGUGCAUCCUUACACAUUCAGAAAUGAGAAUUCAUACUUGCACUUCAACUUCAAUCAAGACCCUUAUGUCGAAUAUGAGUAUUGGCUCAAUGAGAUCGGUGUCGAUGGGCUAUUCACUGAUUUUACUGGUAGUUUGCACAAGUACCAAGAAUGGACUACACCAUACCCAAAGAAGGAGAAGAAUGCGGAAGCACUGUUGCAUGAGAUCGCCAACAUGUUGAAGGCUGAUGGAUACUGAGCAUAGGUUCCCUUCCCUUUUCAGAUUUAUAUCAUUGCUUGCCACCACCAGAAAGCACUGUUUUGCUUUUACCACUAUGUAACUGUUACCAACAACGCAACGAAUGUGCCAACUGUAUAGCAGAAUAGAUUCAGAUUAACAUGCAAUAAUUUUGCUUUCUGAAAACAGGGCUUUUUCAAUUCGCUAGCCUCUACAGAAGGUCCUAAAAUAGCACAAGUACCCAUUAGGUCCAUCUCUUGGGCCACCGUUUGUGUGUUCUUGCAUGAUGUAAAGGUGUUUGUAUUACUAUUCGAACAGGUACCUCCUUCAUGGGCUCCGAAUACUAGGACUAGUACUCUUAUCAUGUUCUUAGUCCUGAGAUGAACAUGUAUUUUUCCAAAAA